GCCUGAAAGUAAGGGGGAUUUGGAAGUCGAGUGCGAUGCCUGAUGAUUUCAUAGAAUAUCAGCAAAUUCUGCUUGGUGGGCUUAUGUGAUCCCUCUCCUCUUCCCAGAUCUUCACGAAUGGCAUUUUCUGAACUUCAAGCUAAGGUCAUUGAAACCCAACAAAAGGUGAAACUGGCAGAUAUACAAAUAGAUCAGCUGAACAGAACAAAAAAGCAUGCACAUCUUACAGACACAGAGAUCAUGACUUUGGCUGAAGAAACGAGGAUGUAUGAAGGUAUAGGACGAAUGUUUAUCCUUCAUCCCAAAGAAGUAAUUCACAACCAGCUCUUAGAAAAACAAAAAGUAGCAGAAGAAAAAAUUAAGGAACUGGAGCAAAGGAAAUCAUAUUUGGAACGAAGUGUAAAAGAAGCUGAAGAUAAUAUCCGGGAGAUGCUCACAGCUAGAAGAGCACAAUAAGCUCCUUGUGUUUGGACUGAAUAGUUGAACCCCUACUGUUAAACAUUCAGAAAUGCGUAAGAUACGAAAAACUUGGUUUAUGUAACUAGUUGCAUCAUGUCAACCCAACUUUGUAUUUUGAUGCACUAAAUAAACUACUGAAUUUAUAUACCAGGA